GAGGAACACACGACAAACACAGCCCCCACCGAUCCGCUCCUGAAUCGCUACAGUCUAUUGAAUCACCAUUCCACACCUGUAUUUCCGCUAUUCCCUCCGAAUGCCUUCCUCCGUGAUCUUACACAUUGAAGUUCGGCUGUUAUCUUCUACAAACAUCCGCCUGGAUUCUGUAUCUCGAUGGGUUCGCGAUUGGCUGCAGGAUAAUUUCAUCUCUUUGUCCAUAUCCCAAGAGAUAAAAUCAUUUGGUAACAUCUCUUGAGCACCCCCCCCCCUUUCUUUCCCCAUUAGAGGACACUAACUAUAGCAUAGAAGACUCACCAUUGCUCACGGAGCAUGUAGAGUCUAUCUCCGUUGUCGAGGCGACCGGAUCCACAGACAAAAUUCUCUACUUGGAGAAAGUAGAAUUGGAUAUAAAUGCAUACAAGUUACACCCACGGGCCUCCCAGACAACCUCACUCCUGAGCCAAGAAUCCACUGCGGAUAGUGAGGAGCCUCCUUCUGCAAGCGUCAUGGAGUUACCGGCUAAGGCCUUGGAUGGGCUCUGGGAGUUGUGAGUUUUCCUUGAGAGAUGAGUCGGGUAUGCAGGCGCUAAUUGGGUAGUUUAAUAUUUGAUCCAGAUAUUAAAACGAAGCUACUGCACUUCAUUUCGAGCAUUCGUAAGUUGGGCUCUUACAAGUCGCUGGCGGAAGACGGUUUUCUUGGCCUGACUAUAUGUGCUGCUAGUACUAUUUGCCGACAAGGGAGUUAAUUUUAUGUGCAUUACCUGGAAUAGGUUAGUCCGCUCUACUGAUAUCACACUAGGCCCGUGCUAGCUCAAAUUCGAAGGUUGAUAUUACUCCACGGCCCUCCCGGGUCUGGUAAAACGAGUCUUUGGUAUAACCCUUGCAUAAAAAAAAAUAAGUGGCAAGAUCUGAUAGGGUAUAGUCGCGCGCUAGCACAGAAACUAUCAAUUCGCCUCUCCAAGAGAUUCUCCGAUUUCCAGUUGGUGGAGAUCAAUAGCCACAACCUGUUCUCAAAGUGGUUUUCGGAGUCUGGAAAACUGGUAGGAAAGAUGUUUGACGAUAUUUCGCAGACGUUAGAGAAUGAUGAUACCUUCGUGGUUGUUUUAAUUGGUUAGUCAAAUGCCGAUAUCCACAAACCUCGCUGAUGGCCAAAGACGAGGUAGAGUCCUUAACUUCAGCAAGAAAAUCGGCCGCAGGUGGAAAUGAACCAAGUGACUCUCUGAGGGUCUAAUGCCCCAACUUCUCGUGCGUCGCGGGCAAGCUCGUUGAUAAGGGUUCUAGGUUGUGAAUGCACUGUUAACAGGACUGGACAAGCUCCGCCAUAAGAAAAAUGCAAAAAUCCUUCUCAAAGGGGGUCCAUGCGGUUCUAACCUUUCAAACUAUCUAGGUUAUUGUUUUGACAACGUCCAACCUCCUGGAAGCAAUGGACACGGCCUUUCUCGAUCGAGCUGAUAUCAAACAAUAUGUUAACGCCCCAACCGCUAGCGCCAUCUACAUAAUCCUCAGGACCUGUUUGAACGAACUCAUACGCUGUGGAUUGAUUGAAGAACAAGUAUUUCACAGUCUGUUCCGCUUCUUCUCUUGGCUAAAAUGCAGAAAGAGGCCGAUACCCAGUCCCGAAGAGGCAAGAAUGAAUAUCUUCUCGCAGCCAAAUGCUCCAUCGAGUAGGCUGUGGCGGUGCGCAAACGAAUGCACUUCUUUCUCGGGACGGACACUGAGAAGACUUCCGGUUCUCAUGCAUGCUGGUUAUAUACAACGAGAGAAGUGCACUUUGGACGAGGCGCUGGAGGCACUGGGGAUGGCUGUACAAGAUGUAAAGCAGGAGCAAAGCGCCAUGUGUGAAGUGUCAAAGGUGGUACCGUAGGGAAAUAAUGAAAAUAUGUCCUUGGUUUCUUAGAUCGGUUCC